GCCAUACCGCAACCAAAACUUGGGCUGGUUAAAAUCACAAGUCGGCAAACAAUAAUUUAAAAUCAGUUGAACUGUUCAAGAUUAAUAUGAUAAAGUAACAGUAACAGGUUACCAACCAACCAUCCAUUGUUUGAAGAGGAUUUAACCCUUUAGAGUCAGUGCUUAGAGCCAAGAGCAGGGAAGAGAUAAUCACUUUCUGAUAUCACUGAAAAAUUACCUUUAUUACUAUGCUCAUUAAAUUAAACAUUGUUUUACAAUGUUUAAUUUAAUCGAGGUGAUACUUGGUAGGGAAAAGCCAAUGAUGUCUUCUACGGAGGACUUUAGCAGUUUGUUGGACGUAUCACCGGCAUUGACCAAUAAACGACUGUCACUAGCUCUGACCGAUUGGUUUCACGAAGAAGUCAGUUUUACCCAUUGGGAGUACGUUGGUGACACGGGCAAAGGCGACGCAUACCUGAGCGAGUUGAUCCGUAUCAAGAUCCACGGAACGAACAAGGACGGGACGUCUAAACACGUCCAGGUUGUUCUCAAAUACAUUCCGAAAAAUACAUGCCGACGGCUUACAUUCCGUAGCGAUGAGUUCUUCAGAAACGAAAUCAACUUUUACAACAUCAUUUUGCCUUGUUUACUGAAGUUCCAAGACUCCAAAAACCUUACGGAACCAUUCAAGAGUUACGUGAAUUUAUUCUUCAGUUACUGUGAUGGUUUAAACGACGUGAUCUGCCUAGAAGAUGCCUCGCUGGAAGGCUUCACGUCAGCUGUGAGGCAAGAGGGGAUAGACUUCGACCACUGCAAGCAAAUCUAUAAGACUUUAGCUAAAUUCCACGCUGUAUCAUUUGCAAUGAAAGACCAGAAGGCUGAUGAGUUUGACACCAUCAAAAAUGCCAUAUUUGAAACGUACUAUGAUGAUCGACAUUGGGAUUGGUAUGAGCGUUAUUGGAAGAGGAUCUGUGGUGUAGCUAUCGACGCAGUGGAAAAGGAGUACCCAGACUCGAUAUACCUUGAGAAGGUCAAAGAAUUCGCGGUCCCAGAACGGUAUAAAGAGAUGAUUAAAGCGGUCAGGACGCAUGACACUGGAGUCUUCUCGCAUGGAGAUUCUUGGACGAAUAAUUUCCUAUUCAAAUAUGAAGGGAAGAAGCCGGUUGAUGCGAAGAUAAUUGACUUCCAGUUAGCUAGGUGUGCGACUCCAGUUUUGGAUGUGUCGUUUGUCAUAUACGCUUGUACGACGCAAGAUAUGAGGUUGAAGUAUUAUGAUGAAUUGUUGGAGUAUUAUUACAAAGUAUUGUCCACACAGAUUCGAGAAAUGGGCACGGACCCGGAUAAAGUUUAUUCGUUGGAGACGUUUAUGGCUGAAAUUAAGAAGUAUUCGUUCUUCGGGCUGGCAUUCAGUUUUGAGUCUACCCCGAUGAUAGUUUUGGCUCCUGAAGAUGCUGUUCCCAUGGAAAUGGAGGGCGAUGAAAAGAGGAACAUAGAAGACUUUUGGCAGAUACCUCCGUUUAAGACUAAAGAGGGUAGACAGAGGGAAGCUAACAACAUUGUGUUUUGCGUAGACAGAGGAUACAUAUGAGUUAGGUACUGAGAAAGAAAAAUAAGAAAAAUCGGACCUAGCAAUAACUUCAGGUUAGGUUAGCGGACCCCGUGAAAACUGGGUAACCGCAGUAAAAUGUUCCUUAAAUACAAGUAAUUAUGAAUAAAUUAAAAACUCAUAUCCAGUUAUUACAAUUACUAUAAUUUAGAAUUAAUAGAUCCAAUGAAUUAUUCGUUUCGGACCGCAACCUGUUUCAUAAAACUUACAAUUGUAAAUUACAACGACUAUUUGGUGUUCAUUACGUAGCUAAUUUGAAACUGCAAAAUAUUUGUGAUCACACACUCCGCAAUGUACAUCAAAUUGUCUUUGUAAUUUACAAUUGUAAGUUUUAUGGAACAGGCCCCAGUUCGGACCGCGGUGCGAAUCUGCUAGAGUUCUUUUAAAAUGGAUAUUGGCACUGCUGCUCUGUGGUUGAAGUUAUGCAGAUUGCCCCAGGUAUCUUUAAGAAUAAGCUGAUUCUGUAAUUACAUACAUAAACUGCCUAUAUACGUCCCACUGCUGGGCACAGGCCUCCCCUCAAUCAACCGGAGAGGGCAACUCCACCAACCCGCAGUGGAGCAGCGUGGUGGAGUAUGCUCCAUACCCUCUCCGGUUGAUUCUGUAAUUAAAUUUAAGUAAAUAUCGAUUAUAUUCUACAUUCGAACCCACUACGAUCCAAAUCGACUCUUUACAUCAAUGUUCAUCAGCGAUUUAAACCGCGCGAAAUGACCCAUUUUAUGUUGGUCUAUCUAGUUUUUCAGAAUAUUAUUAAUUGUUAUUUGCUGCUUAUUUUCCCGAAUAAUAAAUAAAUGAACUCAUAGUCGAUCGAUUCGCACUGCGGUCCGAACUGAUUGUGGUCCGAAGCGACAAAAGACACAAAAUUAUUUCUUUAGUUAAAUUAAUUAUUUAAGUUUGAAUUGGUAUUUUUACGAAAAACAACCUUUAAAAUAGAAUUCCGAAUUUUCAUAUCAAUAUAAUAAAAGUUUUAUAUAACAUUUCUUAUUAUUAGCACUGUGAUAUUUUAGUUUUAUAUAUUUUAUUAAUAAGUAUUAAUACAUUUCUGUCACAAACAUUAUAUUGUAGAGAUAAUUUUAAUUAUAAUAAAAUGUAUUAACAAUUGAAAUAAUAAGUUAUAAUUCUGAA